AAAAUGAUUUAGGCGCUAAGUGGUAUCUCUCAUUCUCUCCUAUAGUUCUGUUAGAUUUCUUGUCAACUUUCCUUUUCUGUUUUAUUUCUCAAGCUGUCUAUGCCCCAUUACGCGGAAACAAUGAAAGAUAAGCACAAGUUUCUCACAAGAAGAAAAAAAAGAAGAUGAAGUUUGGGAAAGAAUUUGUCUCACAAAUGGUGCCAGAAUGGGAAGAAGCAUACAUGGAUUACAACUCUCUCAAAGCUACUCUGAAAAACAUUUCAAAGUUUAGAGAGCUAAACGAGUCAGCACCAAUGGCAUCCACACCAAAAGGGUCUCUGAAGAGAAGAUUAACACUCUAUAGAGCAUUUAGUGGUCUUACUGAUAGACAAAGAGGGUCUCCUAGGAAGGACGAGGAUGAAGUUAUACUUGUUCGUGCUGCGGAGGGUGAAGGCUCAGAAGGGUUGUAUCAGACAUUGUUCCUCAAGCCUUCAGAAGAAGGGGCAGAACAAGAUCUUGUGUUUUUCAAGAAACUUGAUCAUGAGUUUAACAAGGUGAAUAGCUUCUACAAGAAGAUGGUGAAGGAAAUGGUUGAGGAGGCAGCGGAAUUGAGUAAGCAAAUGAAUGCUCUGAUUGCUCUUAGAAUCAAGGUGGACAAGGUGGGGUUCAUAAAUCUUGGUAGCUAUGGUCACUCACGUGUGCACAUGGAUGUGAUUCAUGAAAUUGAGAUGAGCAAUGGACGGCAUUUGGAAAAUGGAAGUGGAAAUUAUGAGGAAGAAACCACUUCUAGGACUUCCGUUGAGGGCUUUAGACCGGCUUCAUUGGAGAUCCUCGAUCACGUGAAGAUCAACAUGACCACACCAGAAACUGCAAUGUCAACCAUAAAAGGGCUUCUCCCAAGUUCAAAAUCCGACCCUUCAUUUAGCAAGAAAGAGCUCAGGAAAGCUGAGGAACAAAUAAGCAUAGCCUUAAAGGAAUUCUACAAUAAGCUUCGGCUUCUAAAAAGCUAUAGCUUCUUAAACUUGUUGGCAUUCUCAAAAAUCAUGAAGAAGUAUGACAAGGUCAGUUCAAGGAAUACAUCAAAGGAUUACUUAAAGAUGGUGGACAGUUCAUAUGUUGGCAGCUCAGAUGAGGUCAAUAGGCUCAUGGAAAGGGUCGAGCAUGCCUUCAUUAAGCACUUUGCAAAUGGGAAUCAUAGAAAAGGAAUGAACACAUUGAGACCAGCUGUUAAGAAGGAGCGACAUAGAAUUACAUUCUUAUUGGGACUGUUUACUGGUUGCUCAAUUGCCCUCGUUGUGGCACUCAUUAUACUAAUACAUGCAAGAAAUAUUCUAUAUAGCGAGGGUCGUACUAGAUAUAUGGACAACAUAUUUCCUCUUUACAGUCUCUUUGGAUACAUAGUCUUGCAUAUGAUAAUGUACUCUGCAAAUGUAUACCUAUGGAGGCGUUAUAAAAUCAACUACCCCUUUAUAUUUGGCUUCAAGGAAGGAACAGAAUUGGGAUACAGAGAAGUCUUUCUUCUUAGCUCGGGCCUUGCAGUACUCUCAUUGGCUGCUGUCCUCUCAAACUUGGAUAUGGAGAUGGACCAGAGAACAAAAAGUUUCUCAGCAUUGACAGAAUUAGUCCCUUUAGGCCUUGUCAUUGUUCUGCUGCUCAUAACAUUUAGUCCCUUCAACAUCAUAUAUAAAUCCAGCCGCUUCUUCCUUAUUCAGUGUGCGUUUCAUAGUGCUUGUGCUCCUCUUUACAAGGUCAAUUUCCCAGAAAAUUUCUUGGCAGACCAGCUUACCAGCCAGGUGCAGGCCUUUAGAAGUUUGGAAUUCUAUGUCUGUUACUAUUUCUGGGGAAAUUUCAAGACCAGAUCAAACAAGUGCCUUGAAAGUGAUGUCUAUAAAGCAUUUUACUUAAUUGUUGCUAUUAUUCCAUUCUGGAUCCGUUGUCUCCAGUGCUUUCGACGUUUGCUUGAAGAAAGAAAUACAAUGCAUGGGCUCAAUGGGCUAAAAUACAUCUCAACAGUAGUAGCACUUGUCUUGAGGACUACUAAUGAGUUCCGUAGAGGAAUGGUUUGGCAAAUUCUAGCUGCAACUUCUUCAAGCAUUGCAACGAUUGUUAAUACAUAUUGGGAUAUCGUCAUAGAUUGGGGUUUGCUGAGAAGGAAUUCAAGAAAUCCAUGGUUGAGAGAAAAACUCUCUGUACCAAACAAAAGUGUAUAUUUUGUUGCUAUGGUGUUGAAUGUUAUACUGCGACUUGCAUGGAUGCAAUCUGUUUUAGGCAUUAGGGAAGCUCCUUUCCUGCAUAGAACAGCUUUGACAGCUCUUGUAACUUGCUUGGAGAUUCUUCGCCGUGGCAUAUGGAAUUUUUUCAGAUUGGAGAAUGAGCACUUGAACAAUGUUGGCAACUAUCGAGCAUUCAAAUCAGUACCCCUGCCUUUUAAUUAUGAAGAUGACGAAGAGAAUACAGUCAUAUAAACAUAUGUGGGAAUGAGGAGGAGGGAACCAUGAAAAUGUAAAGAAUUUGUUUCACCUUUGAAAAAUAGAAAGAAAAAAAAUCAUAACACCCAAUUUUGCCUAGAUCAUUCAAAAUUCAGAUGUAUGAACCAUUAGGAUCGGCUUAGUGGUGCCAGGUUUAGAUAGUAUGUAUGAGUUCAUUCGAACUUUAGGGACACCAUUGCACACAAAAAAAAAAUUCAAAAUUCAAUUGUUUGAUUUGCCCAAUACAUUAGCAUUUUUUAAAUAUAAAUACAAAAAGUCUGCUGAUGGGCACAUUUUCAGCAUAGACUAAGAAAAGGUGAUGAAAAGAAGGAAACUAAAAUGAAGAUGGCAAGAUUGGCUAUAAACAGGGGAAUAGGGGUUCUACUCUUGUCAUUCAUAUUGAUUUCAAAGUAUUUUCUCCUCUCCUUAUGAGAUAAGUUACUUUGCUGACUUGUCCUAUAUGUAAAGGAAACAAAGCCAUAUGUAAGGGCCUAACAAAUGUUGGAUUAUUAAUUUA